CUCUUCUACCUAGUCGCGAAACACUAUCGUUGGAUGCAGACACACAGCAAGGAGCUCGCUAAGGACUAUCUACGAGCCCUUAUGGAAAUAUAUACAACCUUCCUUCAUGAACGCGCUCCUCUCUAUCUGAAAUUGGACAGCAGAGUCAUUCAACAAAUGGAGGAUUCUGUGUCUACGGGAGAUAGUGCUUCAAUCCUAGACGGCUGUUGUGAGGCCGUACUUCCACAAAUUCAGCUUCAAGUCGAUAAACUUAGCAAGGACAUACGGCAUGGACUUGAUACUUGGAAGCCACCUGAAUGCGUUGACCUCACUCUCCCUAUGUCUCGAGAUGAGGAGUUGAGUAUCUACGAGACAAUAGUCAGUCCUCGUGUGAGCGAACUCCAGCGUAUCGUGGCUGGCUUGAAUCCCGUUCAAUUUCCCCAAACAUCAUCCCCAGCAACAAUGUCUUUCAUUUCCGCGACGUCGGCAAUCAUCGGUUGGCUAUCGGCUACUUCAGCAGCCACUGAAAUACCCCGUGAGCAGUUGGCCUUGGCUCUCUGCGCCUCGCUUGUAUCUGCGUACAGAUUUUUCUCCUCAUCGAUUAAAAAUGUCACUCCCACUUCUUCUGGAUCUCCCUCUCAACCUGAAACCCCCGCAGAUGAUUUAUUUAUGGCCUCUGCACCAACUUGCCCCAAUACACCGGCUCCUCCUCAGCAUUCCUUCAGGAAAACACUCUUUGCCAAGUAA